GCGCGCUGUGAUACCCGUUAUCUGUGUCGAUUUCUGUGCCACAAAGCGUUCAACAACAAGAUGUCGGAUACAGAGAAAUAUACAACAUUAAAGUUUAUUGAAGAUUACAAAAGCUUUCCACAGCUUUGGGAUCAAAAGAAUAAACUUUACACAAUUAAAGCAACGAGGCACGAAUGUUUGCAGGCUCUGGCUAGUACAUAUAAUAUGGAUAUCGAUGGAGUUAAAAAAAAGAUUAAAAGUCUUCGCUCAUAUUUUUCCAAAGAGCAUCAAAAAGUUAUCAAGAAAAAAAGCGGCGCUGGAUCCGAUGAGAUAUAUGUUUCACCCUGGUUUGCUUAUAAACAUCUCUUAUUCACUGCUGACUCAGUGGCGCCAAGGGAAUCUAGCUUUGAGGAUGAAAAGGAAGCGCAAACAGAAAUAUUCAAUAGAGAAAGCUCAGCGACUUCGCAGUCUCCGUGUGUGUCUGAAGAUGAGCAUGGAUAUAUCCUUACACCAAUAAGGAACAAGAGAAAUAUUAAAAGUACAACGAAUGACAAUACAGAGGAGGAAGCUCACAAAAUUAUGAAGAAACCUAAUGAAGAAUUAACUCAAAAAGAUGAAUUCACUAUUUAUGGAGAAUUGAUAGCUCAUAAAAUCCGAAACCUUAACACACUAAAUCGGCUAUUAGCUCAACAGCGCAUUAAUAAUAUACUCUUUGAUCUGGAAAUGCAACAAAUGACUACUUCAGCCACAGCGCAGAAUGUUAAUGCGAUAUUCAGUGAUACCAAGAUGCAUAAUGACUCACCGGCUAAGACAGAAAUAUUAGAUAUUUCUGAAUAGAUUUUAGUUAAAAAAUAUUAUUGUUG